AUGGUAAAUAAUCAUACUUUACUUCAAAGGCCAUUUAUCAGCUUAAGUAAUAAUAUGCAAAGUCAAUUAUUAUAUAUUCCUGAUUUUCCAAAUUUCUACACUUAUGAUCCAAGUAUAAAUUUAGCGCUCAAGACCAAUAAUCGUCAUAUUAAAGUUAGCCAUACAUCUGCAAUUGCACUUUGCCAAGAAAAUGAAAAAUUAGAAUAUUUUAUUUUGGGAGGCGAAAGCUCGAAGGGAUUCAUACUUACUUAUAGAGAAUACAAACGUUCCCACUAGUUGGCGUAUUCUCGAUUCAUCAGAAACCAUUAGGAAUGCUUUUAUUUAUUAUAAAUAGUUAUAAUUUUUUAAAAAUUACUCCAUCAGAAUUAAAAUCAAAUAGAUUUUAUUAUAACGAAGUAAACCGAAUAUCUCCAAGAUCUUGCAUUUUCCAAGAAAAUCUCUAUUUAAUUGGAGGAUUCAUCAACCAAAUACCAUCUUCCUCAUGCGUAGUAUUUGAUAUGGAUCAAUUUCAGAGAAAUUCAAAAAACGUAAGAAGCAAUAAUGUGGCAGAUUUGAAUUUCGCAAGGGCUGAUUUUGGGAUUUGCAGCACAAAAAGAUAUAUUUUUGCUAUUGGAGGAUCUGGAAAAUUUGGAUUUAUGGCAUCAUGUGAAAGAUAUGAUGGGACCCAAUGGGUGCUUCUUCAGCUUUCUUUGCCAGCUCCUUCUUGUAGAUUAGGAGUGAUACCAAUUUUUGAUGAUUUUUUAAUAAUUAUUGGUGGAAGGAUCAGAAAAACUGAUAAUAUCAGAGGAGAAAGCAGCAAAACUUAUUUGUUUGAUGUUUCAGCAGGAAAUAUAACUGAAUAUAAAGACCUUAAAUAUGGAGGUUGUGUAUUAUUCCCAUUCCUUGAGCAUGAAAAUUCAUUUCUUGCUGCAAGUUCUCAAGAAGUAAACCACAAACUUGUAAAAGUGGAAGCUGAAAACAUUGACUGGAUUAAGUAUAGACUAUCGCUAAUGCUGUGAUAUUCAUUAAAAAAGGAGUAUGGAAAAUAUAUUUAA